AUGUCACAGGUAAAUAAUUCAUCUACGCAUUUUCAGAACCCUUCAAGACUUCGUUUCGAUGAGGAAGUUAGAGUUGGGAUUCAUGUUGUCUGUCAGCAUGUUGAUAUGAUUAACUCUAGAGGCCUCUGGUUUCAUGAUGACCCUUUAGAGUACACUUUGCCUCUCUUGCUGUUACAACUCUCUCUUAUUUCUAUCAUCACACGUUCCAUUUACAUCUUUCUCAAGCCCCUUGGCCAGCCUUCCAUUGUUUCUCAUAUUCUUGGAGGGGUAAUUCUAGGUCCUUCUAUUCUCGGGCACAACUUGGCAUUUAUGAACAAAAUCUUCCCACGAGAAGGAAGAAUUACACUCGAGACCUUGUCAGUGUUUGGCAUCAUGCUGUUUAUCUUCCAGGUUGGGGUGAAGAUAGAUCCUUCCAUCGUUUGGAAAUCAGGUAAACGAGCGCUGAUCGUAGGAAUUCUAGGCUUCUUCAUUCCAUUUGCUUUGGCUUCAUCUAUCAGAUUACUCCUAUGCCAUUCUAUCUCACUGGAUGACACUGUGUGCCAUGUGCUCCAGCUAGUGGUAUUAAUGCAGUCUGUUACAGCCUUCCCAGUUAUUGCUAUCUUUCUUGCUGAGUUCAAGAUACUUAAUUCUGAUAUUGGAAGACUUGCUAGUUCUUCAUCAAUGAUAUGUGACAUGUGCUUUUGGUCCUUUAUGUCGAUAUUCUAUGUGGCACAUGUAGCUAAAGAAAAAUCAAUGCAAUCAGCAAUUGGCUCUAUUCUAUCAGUUGGAUUCCUUGUUUAUCUUUUGUUAUUUGGAAUCCGUCCUGCAGCAUUGUGGGCAAUUCGAAAUACUCCAGAAGGUAAACCUGUGAAAGAUGCUUAUAUCUAUGUGGUUUUUGUUGCAUUAAUGGGCUUCGGAUUUCUUGGUGAAGUCAUCGGAAUAAAUUCGCUUAUAACAAGUUUCCUUCUGGGGUUGGUCAUACCAGAUGGGCCACCAUUGGGAGCAGCAAUAGUGGACAGGCUUGAUUGUUUUGUAUCCGCAUUGCUUAUGCCCAUCUUUUUCACCCUAUGUGGAUUAAAGACCAAUGUUUUUUCCGUUCAGAAAUGGAAGACCGUGGUCGUAAUUCUAUUGGUUGUUUUCGUUGGUUUCUUGGGAAAAAUUAUAGGCACAAUGCUACCUCCUCUAUUCUGCAGAAUGCCAUUUCGAGAUGCCCUUGCUCUAGGUCUUCUCAUGAACUCCAAAGGCAUUGUUGAACUUGUCCUGUUGAAUGACUGGAAGACAAACAGUGUAAGCCACCUCAUGACCGAUGAAUGCUUCGCCAUUAUGAUUCUCUCUGUGGUGGUUUUAAUAGGGGUAAUCUCACCACUUGUGAAAGCUCUUUAUGAUCCUUCGAGGAGGUUUCUGGCUUACAGGAGAAGGACUAUACGCCAUCAUCAAAGCAACGAAGAACUCCGGAUUCUCGCUUGUGUUCUUAGCCAAGAUAAUGUCCAGACAAUUAUCAACCUUCUUGAUGUCUCGAACCACACCAACGAUAACCCUAUCGGUAUAUAUGUCCUCCACCUCAUCAAGCUAGUUGGACGUGCUUCCUCUCUACUGAUCACACACCUUCCACGCGAAAAACCUUCUCAAAACCCUACUGAGUCAGAAAGAAUCUUCAACGCAUUUAAAAAAUUCGAACAUGAAAAUUGCAGUCAUGCUGCUCUGCAUUGCUGUAAAAGCAUUUCGCCUUAUGAAACUAUGCACAAUGAUGUGUGCUCCGUAGCCUUAGAGCACAGAAUAUCUUUCAUAAUUAUUCCUUUUUACAAGCAGAGCAUAAAUGGGAAAAUGGUGAACUCAUUUCAUGUAUUCAGGCACCUGAACAAGAAUGUGCUUGACAAGGCUCCUUGUUCAGUUGGGGUACUCGUCGAUCGUGGGAAUUUUAGGAAAUCUCUCGCGGAGCUUUUAUCUUGUCGAAUUGUUGUGCUAUUCUUCGGUGGUGCAGAUGACAGAGAAGCACUAGCUUAUGCUGUGCGCAUGUCAGGGAAUCCUCAUGUAUCAGUCACACUUUUACAUUUCACUACGACAUCAACUUCUGAGGGUGCCGAAAUUGCUGGUGGUACAGAAAGGAGCAAGAGGCUCGACUCUGAAAUAUUAGAUGAAUACGAGUUAAACGCCGAAGAGAAUGAACGUGUCUCUUACCUAGAGAAGGUAGUUAUGGACAGUGAAGGUGUUCUUGCUGUGAUUGAAUCAAUCGAGAAUUCUUAUGACCUUGUCAUGGUUGGGAAGCGACAUGGAGAGUCAGAGUUGAUGUCUAACCUUGAGAAGUGCAAUGAACAUAUAGAGUUAGGGGCAAUAGGAGAGAUGCUAGCCGUCACAGAUUCUAAGCUAAGAGCUUCUGUUUUGGUGGUUCAACAACAGACUAAAGUUUGGGGUUUGCGCGACGCAGAGGACUCAUCACUACUAAGAAGAGAAGAAAAAGAUGUUGCAGGAGUUCCUAAUAGCAAUGUCUAUAGGAUUUGAUUAUUUUUUAGCAAUAUAUCCUCCUUUUUUUCCUUUUUUUUUAUGCUUUAAAUCCCUCUGAUUUA